CGCUUAAUUCUAUUUUUAAAGUCGCAUAACGUCGCGUCAGAUGUUCAAUAUUUUAUACUAUUUUUAUCAUAGAUCCAUUAUUUUAACAUGAAUAAUAAUUCAAAAAACCAAUCUACAAAGUUUUCUUUAUCUUUAUGCAACCUGUUUAGAUUAGGUAUAUUUGAGACGUUGUACGCUAAAAGCAAUUCUAAUCCGGGCUCUGGUUCUAGUUCACCCAGAAAGCCCGUGCCGUGUCCCCCGCCGUCGGAAAAAUCGGGCGCCGGUGACGCGCCGCAACGAAAGAAAUGCACCUGUAAUGUUCCCGAAGGAACGAAAUGCACAGCCGGCGACCGAGGGAAGACAGGCGCCGGAGUGACCGGCUCUAGAACUGGACGCAUAUGUGAAAAAGAUGCCGACAGUCUUCCAAAAGGAGCGAUAUACCCCGGACUGCUUCGUCACAUACACAACGCUGCUAGAUACAGGCUACCACAAUGCUUUGAAGGGGCCUGCGUGUCUGUUAAACAAAACUCGAAAAAUAACUGGAUAUUGGGGCAUUCGAUUUCUUUUAGUUCUGUUUCUCCUGGAGGAUAUAAGGUGUUACUUUCUUACGUGGAUAAGAGUAAACCGUCAGCGCUGCCGUAUUUCGUCAUGGAGGCGGCACCGGGCGGCCAGAUGAGCUGCGAAGUUCGCGUGGGACCGUCACAAGGGACCAGAGCUACGGUGGUGGCACAGAUAGCAGACGCAGAACUAUAUAGCUUCGAGAGCAUUUUGGACGCUUAUUUCGACAGUUUCACGACAUCUAUAAUUGCUGUCAACAGGGAGUUUAUCGCUGUGCAUUAUCUACAGGCAAUCACGGAGCAACUGUCAUUAGGCGCCGAAAUAGUAGCGCGCGGACAUACUGCGGAGUUAAGCUCUGCGUCGGGCGCCGGCCGGUGGGCCGUCGAAGAUCACUCAAUCAGUGCCACUCUAGGCAACAGAGGACUUGAUCUGUGCUAUGCUAAGGCCAUCAAGCCCUACCUUACUGUUGCUGCUAUGUUGGAGGUUGGCUUCGCUAUUCGUCGUGCUGUGGCGACUUUGGCGUACGAAUGGCGGACUGAAGAGUGGACCGUGCGCGGCUCGGCGGACUCCGACGGGCUCGUGGGCGCCACGCUGCAGAGAGCCCUCGGGGGGAAGCGCGCCCAGCUGGCCUGCGCCAUCUCCGCACUACUCAACCACCCCAAUGAUAAGUUCAGGCUUGGGUUUGGUGUAACGGCUGCUAUUAUUUAAAUAUAGCGUUGUAUCACUGUUUAAUUAUCGAAAUUCUGAUCUAAUAUUUGCCCUGAGGUGAGUUUACUUUGUACUUAAUAUAUAACAAUUGUUAUUGUUUAACAUGUAUUUAGAUUUAAUUUAUUUUAUAUGAUGUUUGUGAAGGUAUGUAAUAUGUGAUUAAUCUUAAUUUACAUUUGGAAAUAAAUAAUAAUUACAG